UCUACUGGUGAGUCCCUUGGUUUAGGCCCAGCCUCCAAGCAGCCAUUACUCCACCACACUGAUGACGCUGACUCCUCUUCCUCUAAAUCUUCCUCUCCCGUUAAAAGGAGAAGUACUUCUUUCCGUGGGAGAUCUCAUAGUAUUGUUCAAACCAGACGACGAAAGCGUCACAGUGUUCAUGGAAUUUCACAUUCUAGCAAUGUUGAUGGUUCUGAUAUUUUUGAAAAUAUUGAAAAAGAGAGAAGGCCGUCUGUUGGGGUCAUUACUACCAGGUCUAAACCAGUGGCCAAUUCUAUCAUUCCUAUUCCUUUUGUCUUCAAUUCUGAUGAGAAAGAAGAAGAAGAUGGUGUCAUACCAGAAGUAUCCUUGCUACGUAUUAUUAAAGCUAAUUCCAAAGAAUGGUGGCUCAUUGCUCUUGGCCUUUUAGGCUCAGUAAUCCUUGGAUUCAUAUACCCAGUCUUUGCUCUCAUUUUUGGUGAAAUACUCGACAUUUUUGCCCGUCCUCCUUCCGAGAUACUGUCUGGGCUCCACCCAUGGGCGGGGCUAUUCCUUGGAAUUGGAGUAGUCGUUGGACUUGGAGCAUUUAUAAGAUCUCUUUGUUUGGGUAUUGCUGGUGAGAACCUCACUGCUCGGCUGAGGACCUGGUCUUUCAGAACUUUCCUCCGCCAGGACAUGUCAUGGUUUGAUAAAGAGGAGAACUCGGCCGGAGCACUGACUACAAAACUAUCAACUGACGCAUCUCUAGUUCAAGGAGCAACUGGUUCAAGAUUAGGUACACUUGUAGAGAUAAGUGUGGCCAUGUUACUUUCUCUUAUCAUAUCAUUCGUCUACUCCUGGAUGCUUACCCUGGUACUGGCUGGAUUUAUACCUGUCUUCAUGCUGGCUGGGUUCCUGCAAUUCAGAGCCAAUGCAGAGUCCAUUAAAUCAAGCACUGACUCCAGUACUGUAGCCGGAAAGAUUGUGAUAGAGUCACUGGUGAACAUUAGGACAGUCACCUCACUCGGUAUUCAAUCGAAUUUCUUUCAAUCUUACACUAACGAAAUUAGAGGACCUUAUAAACGAGCUCUAAUAAAGUCCCCAGUGCUUGGAGCUGCUUAUGGUUUCUCUCAGGGUGUGCUGUAUCUGGGGUACGUGGUCACUUUUGGAUUCGGAGCUUAUCAAGUAACAAGACAACCAGGUGAUAUUGCUCACAGCACAUUCAGUAAUAUCUUUGUCGUCUUUACUGCUGUCAUCUUUGGAGCUCUUGGUGCAGGGCAGGCCUCUUCCUUUGCUCCUGACUACGCCAAAGCUAAGCAAUCAGCUAACAGAAUAUUUGCACUGUUGGACAGAGAACCAGCGAUUGAUGGAUACUCUGAAGAUGGACUCAAACCAAGUGAUUUGUCUACCAAGGUUGAGCUUAAGAGAGUCCAGUUUAACUAUCCAUCACGUCCAAGCGUUCCAAUACUUCAAGGUCUGUCAAUCUCCGUAGAACCUGGCCAGACUCUGGCACUUGUGGGUCCCAGUGGGUGUGGUAAGAGCACAGUUGUCUCACUCGUCGAGAGGUUUUAUGAUCCACUGGGAUGAGUUCUGUUCUUAGGAGAUAUUGCGCUUUCUGAGCUGAAUAUACGGUGGUUGCGUAAUCAGAUUGGUAUAGUAUCACAAGAGCCAGUAUUGUUUGAUAAAUCAAUUGCUGAUAAUAUACGCUAUGGAGCUAAC